UCUUAAUUCCGUUCUGCAACUACGGUUCCUCUUGAAUGACGGGCAUUUUCUCAUAUCCAAGCUUUUAGCCGCAUUCUAUCAACAAUUCUGUAAUCUAGGCUAUCUAGUUCCUAUGUUGCUCUCGUAAGCUCUUUCUGUCACACUAACACAGACACUGUCUGAGUGUCUGUCACUGUUUCUCUGAGGAAGCCAUGCUAGACCUCAUCCAACCAGAAGAUUUCAAACCCACAUUCUCAAUCUCUUAAAAAUACAUAAAAAGAGCUCCAUCACUGUUUCAUGGUCUCAACCAAACUCUGCAACCAUGACAACCAAAGUUCAUCUCCAAAGUCUCCUCCCAAAUACAUAUAAUGGGUACAGCAGCGAAAGCAGUUCAGAUAGCCCACCUUCCUCCCCACGCCCUCUCUCCAAGGUUCCACAUUACCGGCGACGUCUUCGUUCUAAGGGCCAUUUGGGGGCGGCUGGUCAUGGAACUUUCUUUGCAUGCGUGCUCUCCCAGCGCAAUUUUCGCAUUUUCAUAUUGGUACCAGUGUUCUACAUCUCCGGUAUGAUCAUAUUCUUAGGUACAUUCUCUGUCGUCAUGCGCCCCCGCUCUUGUUCUCCUUCUCCCUCUCCUCUUCUUCCUCCUCCGCAGCCGGGCUCGGUGUACCGAAGCCAUGAGAUUUUCCAAAACCUCUGGCCUGACAUUCAAUCGGAUAAUGCCUCUGGAAUUGAGCUGUCCUCUGUAUGGAGAUAUAGCAAGAAGCUAAAAGAGCAGAAACCUUGUACAAAUGCUACUCCUAGACAACAUUCUGGAUCUCCUGCGCCUAUUGGUUACUUGAUUGUUGAGGCUAAUGGUGGUCUUAAUCAACAACGCACAUCGAUCUGCAAUGCAGUCGCUGUGGCAGGGCUUUUGAAUGCAAUACUGGUCAUCCCACAAUUGAAUUUCCACAGUGUUUGGAAGGAUCCGAGUGACUUUAGCGAUAUCUAUGAUGAGUACCACUUUGUGACUGCACUUAAAGGCCAUGUGAAGGUUGUUCAGCAACUACCUGAGGUAUUGAUGGAAAGAUAUGAUUACAACAUCAGUAAUGUCCCAAACUUCAAAGUCAAGGCUUGGUCUGAAACAAGUUAUUACAUGGGACAAGUUUAUCCUAUUUUGCAAAAGAAAGGAGUUAUCCGCAUAGCACCCUUUGCAAACAGAUUGGCAAUGGAAGUUCCUCAUAAUAUUCAAUUUCUUAGAUGCUUAGCCAAUUAUAAAGCAUUGAGAUUCUCUGUUCAUAUUGCAACAUUAGCAAAGAAGUUGGUUAACCGUAUGAUCAAGAAGAGCUCAAGGACUGGUGGGAAGUAUGUAUCUGUUCACCUUCGUUUUGAGGAGGACAUGGUUGCAUUUUCAUGCUGUGUAUAUGAUGGAGGAGAGAGUGAAAAGUUAAAAAUGGAUUUCAUUCGUCAACAGGGGUGGAGAGGAAAGUUUACACGUGAAGGCCGUAUUGACAGACCUGAUCACAAUCGGAUCAAUGGCAAAUGCCCUCUGACUCCCUUGGAGGUGGGAAUGAUGCUGAGGGGUAUGGGCUUUGAUAACAAUACUUCAAUUUAUCUGGCGUCUGGGAAGAUAUAUGAUGGGGAAAGGAAUUUAGCUCCUUUACUUAAGAUGUUUCCCCUUCUACAGAGCAAGGAGUCCCUUGCAACCCCAGAGGAGCUUGCUUCUUUUCAGGGAUUUUCUUCAAGGAUGGCUGCUUUGGACUACACGGUUUGCUUAUUUAGUGAAGUUUUUGUGACAACCCAAGGUGGUAACUUCCCACAUCACCUGAUGGGCCAUAGACGGUUUUUGUAUGGACAUGCCAAGACCAUCAGGCCAGACAAACAUAAACUAGUUGUUCUGCUGCAUAACACUAGUAUUAGCUGGAAAGAUUUCAAAGAGCAUAUGGAUGAAAUGCUCGUGGAUAGUGAUCACAAGGGGAUAACUGUGCCUACAACUGAAAAAGAGAGGAAACGUUCUUCCAUAUAUGCUUAUCCUUUUCCAGAGUGUAGGUGUUUGCAUGGACAGCAAAAUUCAAGCGUUUGGUCUGCCAAGAGCAUUCCAUUCUCUUAGCCACCAACUCCAAGCCAUGGUCUAGGAAUACAGUGCGGUCUCCCUGCUGCAGUCUACCAUUCAUUCCCAUUUUUGACUACUACAACCCACAUCAAGCCCCGCCCCACUUUUGGCACGCUUUUUAAACUGCCACCAACCAUGGGUGACAAAGUCCGCAGUGCAGAGGUGGUUGAGUCACUACAGCUGUAUUGAUGAUAAGCAGGUUUUUUGAUAUUGAGAAUGGGGAUUCCUUUUUUCUUGUUUUACUACAACAUGGAGGCUGGAUGGUUAUGUACAGGUAGGUCCAAGAAUUUGAGGGACGUCUAAGGAUUGAUUGAAUCGUUUGUCAUGUUACAUGUGUGGUGGGUCCUUUAUAAAACCAAAAUUUGUGCAAAAAGCUUGGAUGGUUUCAGGCAAAAUUGGAUCCAAGAUGAUACCCACUUAAAGCUCUUUUUGAAAGUCGUUUUCCCAAUGUAUCUUUUAACAUCUUUUGUCUGUAACAUAUACUUGUGCUCAAAAACAUACUUUUCAGCAAUCUUCCUGAGUUUGAGUCAGUGGAUGAAAAACUGGGUUUGUAGAUUUAUGUACUGGUCUGCUACAUAUAUGGUAUGGGUAGAGCUGUUAAUGCAUGAA